CACCGCGGGUGGUGGUGGAGGAGACUGGGAGGGGGUGUAAUGUCUGGACAAGUUUCCGCUGAUCACUGACUUUCUGCUCGUUUUUGUUUUUUGCACUAACUUUAUGCACACUUUCGUUUGAAGAAUCCGGCGUCUGCCGUUUCCGUCGCCGACCUGGAGGCUAUUUACCCCAUUCCCCCCAUCAGGGUGGGAGACACUCACGGUACCUGCUCCGCUGUCAGGGAGGAUUGUUAUCCGAGCUUGCAGGCUUGUUCUGCCCACGGUAUAAUGAAGGAUCAAGGAGAUUCGAUAAGGCAGCGGAAUACCCGAGGUCCAAGUGCUUACAUACCCGGUUCACAGUUGGCAGGGCCUGUAGUGGGCGACAAUAUUGCUGCUGUGAUGGGUUUACACCCAGAGUACUUGCGCAUCUUCUGGAAGACACAGCAUCAGCUUCUGCACAUGGACGGUGCCCUUUCCCUCCCUGAGAGACACUAUGUGGCAAUAAUGGCUGCUGCGCGACAUCACUGCGCAUAUCUUGUGUCCCUCCAUUCUUCCUGCUUCUUGCAGGUUGGUGGGGAUCCCCGUUGGUUGGAGGGUCUUCAGUAUGCACCGGUGAAACUGCGUGUCCUGAAUGAUUUGAACAAAUUCCUUGCGCACAGACCCUGGCUGAUAACCAAAGACCAUAUUGCUUUGCUGCUGCGCUCUCGUGGAGGGCACUCCUGGUCUCUCGCUGAAUUGAUCCAUGCACUUGUACUACUCACUCACUUUCAUGCACUUUCCUCUUUUAUAUUUGGGUGUGGGAUCCGCACUCCAGAAAGCCCAACAAGCAUCCCACGACCGCCAUCUCCUGACACAUCCAUCAAUGAGGGAAGCAGCCUUACACAGGAAGCAGAACGUGUCCUGGCUCAGAUUAAGAAACUGAAUGAGGAAGGAGAAGAGACAACUGAAGAGGAAAUGGAGACCAGAUUUGAACGAGAGAAACAAGAGAGUGUGAUGGUAACCAGCAGUGGUCAUAUCAUGCCAUGUGUUCACUCUCCCGGUAUCCUCAAGUUUCUGGAACACCCGGAAUUCGGAUACAUAGAUUUCACCCGCCGAGGUGAGCAGGCUCCACCCACCUUCCGCGCUCAUGAUUUCACUUGGGAGGACCACGGUUACUCACUGCUUCACAGGUUAUACCCAGAAGUGGGGCAACUGUUGGAUGAGAAGUUUCAAGUUGCAUACAACCUGACUUACCACACCAUUGCCACUCAUCAUAGUGUUGACACUUUCAAACUGCGUCGUGCCAUCUGGAACUAUAUCCAGUGUAUCUAUGGUAUUCGGUAUGAUGAUUAUGAUUAUGGUGAAGUAAAUCAGCUGUUGGAGCGAAGCUUGAAAGUUUACAUGAAGACUGUAACUUGUCACCCAGAGAGACUAUCACGCCAGCUAUACAAUGACUUCUGGAGGCAAUUCAAGCAUUCAGAGAAGGUCCAUCUGAACUUUCUCCUUUUGGAAGCCCGUCUGCAGGCGGCUCUACUUUAUGGUCUAAGGGCAGUCACACGUUAUAUGACGUGAUCUUGAUAAGCUAUUCAUGGAUCUUGCUUAAAUCUACUGGAUACCUUGAGGCAGAGGCCAUUGUUUCAGAAGCUGCUGUUCCAGAAGUAUAUUUGCACUGAUUUGUUUAUUUUUUUCCUUUUUCUCAUCAGCAAAUAGAGAUCCCCUUUAACUCAUGUUGCCUAGAUGGAGAACACUUUUAUGUAAAAACAAAUUCACCUGUAUACACUGUUUCCUGUGCCUUAUGUAGCACAGAGCAAUUGUAGACCACUUUAUGAACCCUACAUUUUAUGGUUAUAUACAUUUCUGCACAUCCGUAUCAUCCUCACAUUAUGUGGUCUGGUUUUCCUUUCAGUGAAAGGUCAAACUGAUCUCUGCAUACAGGCCUAAUGUGUGCCUUAAAUGUUUAUUCCACACGUGUGUAAUACUAAUUCUUCCAGUGAAGGUAACUUUCCGGUGUGGGACAUGGUGAUUUAUAGACCUAUGCUUCCUUUUUAUGGUCUGCAGAGUUCAGUGUUAAACAUAGGGUGAGAACACCUUAUUCUACCUCUGAUUUAAUGGCACCUUUUUUAAAAUAUGCAAAAAUUUUAUACUGUGAAAAAAAAAUCUCAGGUUUCUGACACUAGUGAACGUAUGUCUUCAGGGUCAGUUGAGAAAGGGGGUCAAUAAAGCCCCCCCUAACUUAUUUCGUUAUUUCUUUUUUGUUUUUUGCUGUUUAGUUAAAGUACAUUGUUUUGUUUGUUUAAAUGUGUUUAAUAAAGUUGUUGGUUAAUGUAUAUUACAUUUUUUUUGUUUUAAAUGGUUUUUGAGUGUGUACAAAACAAAUGAACUGGGUGGA